CCAUUUUGGCUCAAGCUUGUCUUGGCACCUGAGCCCCUGGGCGGAGCAAUGUCGCUGCUCCAGGCGGGCCUGGCUUUCGUCGGUGGGUACGCAGUCAAGACCCACUGCCUGGAGGUGCCAUGCCAUGCGAGAAUUAGCGCAUCAGGCAAGACCAUCAAGUUGAGCGUCGUGGUCCACAGUGCAGACCUCGUCGGCGCUCCCUGCGGCCCAGGCUUGAUCGAGAACCUUCGCCCCGUCGUCGGCGUGUGCGCAGGGGACAAGACCAAGGAGACCGAGCGCGGCGACUGGUCCAAGGAGGAGGGCAGGUGGUGUUUCCAAGAGGCGGUGACGCUGGUGGUUGGCCCCGGCGACGAGCUGUCCGUCUGCCUGUCGUGCAGCACGCGCUACAACCUUUACGUGGCCGCCGUCUCCCUCACCACGAAGCGCGUGGGCGAAGUCUGCUUUCCAGUAUCCCAGGUGCUUUCGCGGCUCAGGCCCGAGGACCGGGACGCGGAGGGGAUGGUCCAUGUCACGCCCGUGAUGCCUUUCGACGUCACGCAGGACGGCAGCGUUACGGGGCGCGUGUACCUCUCGUUCGAGACCAACGCGCCGCCGCCGUCGCAGAAGGCCGUCGACGUCAGCAGGUGUUGCGGCUGGGGUGGCACCAGCAUGGAGAGGCUGUGCCUGGCGGACGAGGACGACGCCUCUGGAGUUGGGGCGGGGCCGCCACUGGUGCGGCAUCAGGGCGCGGCUGCUCCGAGCGCCCCGGGCCGCAGCCCGGCAGCGGCCGGCGGAGCCCCUGCAGCCCCUGCCGGUGAGGCCCCCCGCGCGGCGCGGCGCCAAUGUGGGGCCGGCCGGCGGGCCGCGGCGCGGAAGGGCCCCGCGGCCCGCGCCCCGUGCCCGUCGAGCAGGGGCGGAGCGUCCCGGGCGUGCCCAGCCUGGGCGCGAGGGGAGGAGGGGAAAGGGUACUCGCCGCCCUCCCGGUAG